UUAAGCGUAUUCUAACCUUAAUUCGACAUACAACAUUAUUAUCAAAAUUUACCUUUGUGCCAUAUAAUUUGAAAGGACGGAUUGAAGUUCUAACUUUAUAUGAUGAUUUGAUUGUUUAUUUAAAUUUUCCCAUGGGAGACAGAAUUGAAAUGAAUAUGUUAAAGAAUAUAAACGACUCUCGUGAGCAACAAUUAGAGAAACUGAAGAACUUUACUGAUACAAUUAACGAAGAAAUUACCAAUAUCGUUGGAAUGUUAGGUUGGACAAUGGAGAGCAUAAUGGACGUGGACAAGGAAUAUUUCAUAUGUCCGUAUGAUCCAUCCCACCGGUUAACAGAAGCCUCUCUCAAUGAUCAUCUUGUCUCUUGUCAAUGGAAAGCUGAAGGUUACGGAAAGCUAGAUGUCCCAUUAUCAGAACCAACUCUACCAGAGGAUUCACCAUUCUGUAUAAAGUUUGAUGAGCAACUGCAAGAACAAGUUCUCCAAGAAACUUUUAUUGUUUUAUCUUUUAUGAUUGUAUUGUUACAACUAUAUGAAAAAAAUAAAUUCUUAACACUGAUAAUAGGUAUGGGUGAGCGGUUAGUACCGCGUACAUCUGAUAGGAUUGUCAUAGAUUUCACCAGCGAUGAAAGAAAAGCACUAUAUGACUACGUCAUCGCUAAUACCGCAAAGCCAGACAUUGGAGAAGACAUUACAAAUAUUAAUAAUUUGGAGCCACAAGAAAAAGAAGAUAAAAAGUUAUCAUUUUUGGAAUUGUUAAUACAAGAGCGAAACUUGAAAAGGCGUCGAGUAAAGCAUAAAGGCGUUCAUACAAACAAAAGAUCUUAUAUUGAAAUUCUCAGAGAAGUGAUUAAUCAACAAAUGGAAAUAUUUGUAGAUUAUGUCUCUGAACAAAGUAAUUCUGGACAUGUAACAGAUGUUCGCAACACCGAAACAGAUGAUUUAAAUUAUGAACAAGAUAGAACUGAACGCUUAUACAAAGUAUUUCAUUCUUCCCGUAACAAUGAUGAAUAUAAUUCUAGAGAAAAAAAUGGUCAUCACCACAAGAAAAAAAGAGAGCAUUCAGAAGAAAGAAAUUAUCAUCGAUCAAGAGAACGAGAUAGACAAAAAAGAUAUUUGGAUGAAACAGACAGAAAGCACAAGCAUGAACAUAGAAAUACAGAAAUUUCAUCGCAUUCGAGAGAACAGAAGUCGCACAAAAAAGACAAAUAUCAAAGCAAAGACAAACACAAAAAUAAAUAUCAUGAAAAGAAACAUAAAUCUGGAGAUCGCGAUAAAUCAUCAGAGAGACAUUCAAAGCAUAGUGAUCAUAAACGUGCGCGAAAAAACAAAAAUAAAGAAUACUAGCUGUGAACUAAUUAUGAAAA